AUGGACAGGUACUCCCUACCAACACUCGGCAAGUGGAGUAUGGGGUCGACCGUUCGCGAGGCGGCUGGUGCUCACGUUGGAAAAGACUCUGGGGUUGCGAUUGCAACUCUCAUCGACACGGCACUGAUAGAGCGCCCAGCGGUGCUGUUCCUCUACACCUACUUCAACCGGACGCAUGCUCCGCGCACGGCAGCACGGGUUCAUCACAACGCCAAAAUCGCAUCGCGUCGCGUCGUUCCGGAUGGCUUGACCGGCAUCCUUCCACCGGUGAAACUCCACACUCAAGAGCCGUUUACCGAAACAAGCUCGACAUGA